CCCUAAGAGUUUAUAAUGGACCACGAGGAUAGCCAAGUCAGUCGUGGUUCGGAUACUAGAGCAAGGUAGUCGAGCUGUGGAGGGAUAAGACAUAUAUACACACUCUCAUAAUGUCUACUACACUUAUGUCAUCGUUCUACGAUGUCGGCGACUUGUUUCAGAAUCGCCGAAACAACCAGAUGAAGUCACAGGUAGCCCCAGUUACGACAGACCGCCGGAUAGUUGGGUCAGCGUCACUCGUCGGCGUGAGGAACCGCAAUUUCUCUACAGGAUCGAGCAGUGCCUUCGUACCGGUGACAGGUCGCGGAUCUUCCCAAAGCAGUUUGAUACCCGGAUCAAAUAUGCUGAUUUCUCAGAAUGACACUUUGGGUUGCGGGAUUACCUCUAUGACAACCCCACGCGAACACAAAAAGUUGGAUCGCAGUCUUAGUGAGCCAGUAGGCACCAGGACCCAGGGAAGUGGCAAUAUCAACUCAAGCCGUUACAAGACAGAAAUGUGUCGCCCGUUCGAAGAGAGUGGACAUUGUAAAUACGGAGACAAGUGCCAGUUCGCCCACGGCAUCCACGAACUUCGCAAUUUGGCAAGGCAUCCUAAGUACAAAACUGAACUUUGUCGUACUUUCCACACAAUCGGCUUCUGCCCCUACGGUCCAAGGUGUCAUUUCAUUCACAACGAGGACGAACGCAAAUUGAAUCAGCUUGUCAACAAAAACCAACAAGCCAACUCGGGUGUGCCACCCGGAGCACAGCAGCCUACUCCCAUCGAGCGACCAAAAUCCAUCAAAUUCACCUCUCUGGGAUCAUCAUUCGAUUCGCCACCGUCCAGUUCUACCGGUAGCCCUACCAGCCUCAGCCCAACGUUAUCAGGGGACAUCUUCUCGUACAGUGCCUUUCACUCCGGAUCUUCAUCGUCAACGAGUAGCCGUUCAUCUGACAGCUGUCGUUCAAGCCCUGUGUUCAACUAUUCCCCAGUGUCCGACAUUGACUCGACAACCCCUCUGAACGUUCAGUCACAACUGAACAUCAAUGUGAACGUAAACAAUUCCACUGUGGAUUUUACAGCCAUGCAAUUUAACUCGGUGCUCAAUCUGAACCAGAGGAACGAUAACCAGCAGAAUGUAUUCGAGGACAAUCUUCUUGAUCUGUGCACAAGCUUAUGCUCGAGGGACACCGUAUGUGCCAACGACGUAUUCGCAACAGCCCCACCCUCCUCCCCCGAAUCCAUUUCAGGGGACAGCGUUGGAAGCAUUGCCUCACAGGGAUCCAGUAAUUACGGAACAUGCGGAUCUCCAUUGGACGUUGGUAAAUGCUUGCGUCUCCCAUUCUUUAACCAGCUAAGCAUAGAUGGCAAGUAAAUGUGUGCAAGACUGUUUCCCGAGGAGUUGUGUCACCGCUGCCUUACUCAAGGUUUGAAAAACCUUGUAAAACUUGUUGACAUUUCGUUUUUUAAGAGAUACAUUAGUUGACUUUGAGUGUUAAGACUUGAUCGGUAGGAUGUACCGAUACACCAGUGUCACAACGUAUUUUCGUAUACUAUUCUAUUUUAUGCUACCUAACAAAAACAAAGUUUAUUUAUGUAAAUCUGUAAAGUAAAAUAUUUUUCAUUCCGCAUAUAUUUAUUAUUUGGACACCCUUGUCGCUUUCACACUACAACGUGGCCUUGCAAGUGGACCAUUUUUUCACAUAAUCCAUCUUUAUAGUAUUUGUCAAUCACCGUGCCUUAUGUCAUAAAUAUCAGUCUACAAGAUCUUCCGAUUUGCAUUUAAAAUAUUAGGAAGAUUCAUUGCUCUUGUGAAAUGGGAUUUCAUUAACUUAUAUAUUAUUUAUUAUUUCUUGGUCUGUUUAUCUUAUAGCUUCCUACUAUUUCUUCAGGGGGAAAACCAACUACUUAAGUAAGAUAGAUUUAUAUUAAUAUUGUUUAUAUUAUAUUUGUGUUAAAUUAUGUGGUCACCAAAGAGACAAUUCUUUUUGUCAUAUCUCAUUUUUUAUGACUAAUUCAUUUCUUUCAUUUGUACAAUUAUCAUUGUUUGUAUUUAAUACAAAACUUGAGUAUGUUUCAAAUUGAAAAAUGAAAAAAAUAUUAAAAUCAAUCGCUUAUUGCGUUUAUACAAAA